GACGGGGGCAGGAAGCUGGGUCAGAGCAAGUGCGUUUGCAGAGCUGAGAGUUCCUGUCUUGGCGGCUCUGAGGGGUUGUUGCGGCUGGAACAGCACUAUGGUCUGAGAUAUAAAUUCCAGCAUUGGAAAUGCUGCCAAAAAGCCAUGAUGGAACCUGGCUCCCUUGUCCGAGCAGUCUUCGAUUUCCUGCCCAGUGUCUCGGAGGAGCUGCCCAUAUUUGGGGGUGAUGUCAUUGAGGUGUUGAGUGUGCUUGAUGAGUUCUGGCUGCUGGGGAAGAAAGAUGGCGUGACGGGGCAGUUCCCCAGCAGUUUUGUGGAAACUGUCUCGAUCCCGAACACUAAGCAAGGGGAGAGGUUGUGCGUUUGCAUUAAUGACUUCACUGCAGCCAACAGCAGCGACCUGUCUCUCCGACGUGGUGACAUUGUGGUGGUUGAAGAUUCUCCCGAUGGGUACUGGCUCCGAGGACGCACUAACUGGGGCCUGUGUGGCACAUUCCCGGCCUCCUGUGCCCGGGAGCUGCGCCUGUCAUCCCGAGCCCGUGAGCUCUCCCGCAAGGUGGUGGGCGAGCUGCCUGAUUACGGCCUUGGCCUGGCCCGGGCCCUCAUGAGCCUCUCGGCCCAGCUGCCCGAGGAGCUGGACUUCACUGAGGGCGACGUCAUCACCAUCGUGGGGUUGCCCGAGCCUGGCUGGUACCAGGGCGAGCUGGACGGCAGGCGUGGGAUCUUCCCUGAGGGCUUCGUUGAGCUGGUGGGUCCCCUGCAGACCCCUGAGGUGGACUCUAGCUCUGGGCCAGGGGGCUACGACGAAGUGGAGGAGGCUGUUGAGGAGGAAGGGGAUGGCAUUGAGGUGGAGGCAGAGGAAGGGGUGGGGGGUGUUGAGGAGGAAGAUAACGUGGAGGGCUCGGCAUCACCAGGGGUUUACGUAGUGGCUCUGUAUGAUUUCCAGGCCCUGGAGCCUGAGGAGCUGGACUUUGUCAGGGGUGAGCGUAUCAGGGUGACCGAAACAUUGGAGGAUGGCUGGCUCCAGGGGUCCGUAGGGGGUCGGACUGGGAUCUUCCCAUUCCGCUUUGUCAAACUGGAGGGGGAUGGGCAGCUAGGGGACUUGGCGCAGCCCAGCAGCAGGCAGACAGUCCAGGGGUCAGCCUCCUCUGGGAGGGGAGCCCUCACUGGGCCAGCACUGACCCCUGAGCUGACGGAGACUCCCAGUGAUCGCACCCAGGUGAUCCCAGCUGGUCUAACGCCGAGCCAACCUGCCGCCUUCCAGGGUCAGGGGUCAGCGGAGAUUUCUCAUGUUCCGCUUGUACCGGCCGCUUGCGAUGCAGAGCAGCUGAGGGGGGAGAGCGGGCAGGGCCUGGAUUCAGAGGGUCAACAGGAGUCAGAGGUGAGGAGCUGGAGCCCCAGCCCGGUGACCCCACAGGGAGGCGGAGUUUGGCUGAGGGUGGAGGGGGUGGGGCCAGUCACCAGGGACGACCUGGACACCAAGUGCUCUGAACAGAUCGAGGAGUUCAACCGCAGCCUGCCGGGAGGCCUGAGGUCAGAGGUCAGCCCACUAUUCCGACGCCAUUUCUCCAUCUCGGACUACAACUCUGAGCAGGACGUGGCCAGCGGCUCCACUCGGAGCCCGGGCAGGUUCGCCAGGCCACCCCCUCCUCGCCCUCUGGCCUCUGCCCCCUCUCCUUCGCCCCGCCCUCCAGCCUGCUCCCUCCGCCCCUCCAGGCCCGCGCCCCUCCCCCCUCCCCACUCCCGCAAGGCGGACCCCUGCCCUCCAAGGACACCCCGGGCCAGACUGGCUGGGGGGGAUCACGUGCUCCAGGACAUGGGCAGGGACUCGGAAGAUGUGCCCCUCCCCCGGGGGCCGAGCCCCGGCCCCCUGCUUUCUCGGAUCCAGGAGCUGGAGUGGGACUUGGAGAUGCACUACCAGACCCAGGAGGCUCUGAGGCUCAUGGCUGAGAGACCAGCGGAGGAAAGUCUUCAUUCCGAAGCACUGGAAAACCUGGAAUUCUGCUCCUAUAAAAUCAAGACGUUGGAAGGAGAGCUUCAGACUCUUAAAGACAUGACACUUUUAUCCAAUGACCACUGCUCUUUGGAACCAGCCCCACCAGAGAACCCCAGUCAGAAGAUGAUGGAUAAGAGGGCAAAGGUCAUUGAGGAGCUGCUGCAGACAGAGGCUGAUUACAUUAAGGACCUGGAGAUGUGUGUGGACAAGGUGCUGAUCCCCCUCCAGAACAAACAGUUACAGCAGGUGGACUGUGAGGCUCUCUUCGGAAACAUUCAGACGGUUAUCGAGGUUUCCAAACGACUGCUGAGGGAGCUGGAGGGUACAGACAGUAUAGGUCAUGUGUUCCUAUCGUUCAGGAAUGAGCUUGAGGAUAUGUACAAUGUUUACUGCCAAAAUCAUGAGGAAGCUAUCGCUCUCCUGGAUAUAUAUGAGAAGGACAGAGAAAUUCAGGGGCAUAUUAACACAUGCCUGGAUCACCUGAGGGCAAUAUAUCGUAAGUGGGGCAAAACCAACUACAUCAACCUGGGUUCGUUUCUCAUUAAGCCAGUACAGCGUGUAAUGAGGUACCCAUUGCUGCUUAUGGAACUGUUGAACACUACCCCAGAGACACACCGAGACAAAAAGCCCCUGGGAGAGGCUGUGCUGGCUGUGAAGGACCUCAACGUUAACAUCAAUGAGUACAAACGGCGCAAAGACCUGGUUCUGAAGUAUCGUAAAGGGGAUGAGGACUCGCUGAUAGACAAGAUCUCGAAGCUGAGCAUGCACUCCAUCAUAAAGAAAUCCAACCGGGUUAGCAGUCACCUCAAGCACCUGACGGGUCUCGCUCCCCAGAUUAAGGACGAGGCAUUUGAGGAGGCAGAGAGGAGGUUUCGAGUACAGGAGCGGCUGAUUAAAUCCUUCAUCCGCGAUCUCUCACUCUAUUUGCAACACGUGCGGGAGUCUGUGUCAGUGAAGGUGCUGGUGGCUAUGAGUAUCCUGGACAUGUACGGGGAGAAGAAUCACCCAGAUCUGGAGAGUUUCCAGCGAGCGCAUCGAUUCAUCAGUGACAACCUCUUCACCAACUUUAAAGAGCGGGCAGAGAGCCUGGUCAUCGCGCCCCUGAACCAGCUCCUGGGGAUGUGCGCGGGGCCCCACAAGCUGAUCAUCAAACGCUUCGACAAGCUGCUGGAUUACAACAACUGCAAGGAGCGAGCCGAGAAGCUGAAGGACAGGAAAGUGCUGGAUGAGCUGCAGGCUGCCAAAAACAACUACGAGGCUCUCAACGCCCAGCUCCUCGACGAGCUGCCCAAGUUUCACAAGAGUGCCGAGCAGCUGUUCAUCAACUGUAUGCAAGGGUUUGCCGAGGCCCACCAGGAGUUUGUAGGCCUGACCCUGAACGAGCUUCAGCCAUUGUCGCAGCUCCUCACGGUGGUGAGCAAGGACACCAGUAUCGUGGCCUCGUUCCAGGAACAACACGUCAAAGCCAUCCAAUUACUCCAAGUCUUCAGUUUCUUCCCUGACACCGUCCCUUCCUCCAGAAAACCAUUUGAUCGGAAGGCGACAGACAGGCAGUCGUCGAGAUUGCAAGCCCUGACCACGCCGAACACCACGGUCCAGACGGAUGAACAACGAGCAGCCUUACUGGCAAAGUAUGAACCGGAUAAGCUGUAUCAGACGGACCGGAACUUCAACGCUGCUCAGCAACUGGAUGUUUCCCUACAGGAAGGAGACCUGGUCGGGGUGAUUAAACAGCAAGAUCCCAUGGGCAGUCAAAACCGCUGGCUGGUGGACAAUGGGGUGAUGAAGGGCUUUGUGUACUGCUCCUUUCUGAAGCCCUACAACCCUCGACGGAGCCAUUCGGACAUCUCAGUCGGGAGUCAUUCCUCCAAUGAAUCUGGUUAUGGUGGUUCAUCUCCGGUAAUCUCGCGGCAGAACAGCACCUCGGGGUCAGCAGUGAGCUCCUCGGGUGGUGCAGCUUCCUUCACCCCCACUGCACCGGUUACCACGGAGACCAUGGACGGCUCUCCCCCCAAGGCAGCAGCACAGCGGCGGAAUGCACCGGAACCCUCCCCUCCACGUAUGGCCGCAUCUCCCCCGUGGCCAAACCUGACUGACACCCCCACUUCGUCAUCUCGCCCGGCCCCUCUGAUGUAUCGAUCCAACACCUACGACCCACCACCGGCAACAAGCUCCCGUCAGUCACCCACACCUCACCGGCCACACGCCAAGGAUUCCUACCUAACCGUGCAGCCGAAACGGUUCAACCAGAUGGAAUACUCACAUUCCCGGGAUCUCCGCGGCAGGAAGCGGGAACUGCGGAGGGCCUCAUCACAGGAGGGGUAUCUGGAAAGCAAAGACUAUGAUCCCGGGCAGCAGGUUUACUACGCAAUCUAUGAUUUCCAAGCUCGAUGUGCUAAUGAACUGUCCAUUGUCAACAACCAGCGAGUGCGAAUCCUCCGGUUCCAAGAUAUGAAUGGAAACCGGGAAUGGUGGCUAGCAGAAGCUAAUGGAAGACGGGGAUAUGUCCCUGCCACUUACAUCAGAAAAACGGAAUACACGUGAAUUAAAAGGACAAAAUGGGGAGCGGGAAUAUCCUGGAAAAGAAUAUGAGCACCCCUCUUGUAUUUAAAGACAAUUGAACACAAGAGCAAUGACUGUCUCUCGCUCCAAACUCAAGACAGAGGAAGAGGCCUUUUGAUAGCUUUGGUGUCUUAUUUCUCCAAAGAUGUUUCUGAAAGGGUUUCAGUUUAAGCUGACCAAACGGAAUAAUUGCUGGAACUAAUCCUGGCCAAUUCUACUCUGACAUUCGGCGUUAUACAAAAAUGACCUCAAUUGACAAUGUACCAGUGCUAAAAUAUAAAAUAUAUAUUAUAUAUAUAUAUAUAAAUAUAUAGAUAUACAAUUCCAGAACAAUUCUUUUUGAGAACUUAAACAGUAUUUUAAACCUGCUGAUCCUGUCUCUUCUCCCUACCACGCACCCUGUUCUCCAAACCACCAGCCUCAUGCCAUUUCCAGGGCAGCCAUUUUGAAGUCAGGACUGCGCAAGGAGCCAGAUUUCCCAUCAUGUAUUUGCCUAACACCACAGCAACCUAUAUUUUAUUCAGGACAAAGGCAGCCUUUAUAAAACCACUGCAAGUGUUGUGUCCAGUUGGUGAGAGAUCUUUCAUAUAUGACCUCAGGUGAUUACUUCCAGUGUGAACAGCCUUUCGAGGUAGGCCGCAACUGAACUGCACAUCUCCAGCUGUUCAGAAAUGUGGCAGUACAGCACUUUCAGUCAAGAGUAUCCUGAAGGCAGCACAACGGGCACUUUACAUGACACACAGCAGAAGUUUGUAAUGGAACCAACUGGAAUAUAACUUCUGGAUGUUAACUUGAGAAGCCAUGGCAGUAACUUGUUGUUCAGUUCAAUAAAUUCUGUUAUUCUGACAGGGGUCAGAAGACUGUGGGCCAUUAUGUUUGGUUCAUGAUGUGAAUGGAAUAAAACUAAGUGAGAUG